ACACGAUUUAUUGGCCUAUGAUAUUUACCAUUUGUGAUCCACACGAAAUAGCCAUAGUUUUUCCUAUAAAAAUAGGGGUUCAAAUCCGUGUUCAAUAUUACGAUGCUGGAUCACAUUCAUGGGACGUGGUUUUUCCAUCCCCGCCUGAAAAUAGUACCGUGAUCUCGUCUGGUAACAGAACUAUCCCAGAAAAGAAUACUCUAGAUCUUGAAAGAAUUGAAAAUGGCUUUGACGAUCGUACCAUUCAUGAUCAGGAACAUAUACUCAGGUAUAUGCCAAUGCUGUUGGAUUGGCUUGACGAAACCCAUUGUGGUCAAUACGAUUUCGUCUACUUGCGUAUCGAUUUUAAAAAUAAGUGCAAUGUCGGAUACGCUUUUGUUAACUUUAUAGAUAUAAGUGCCGUACUUUCUUUUGCUAAGGCACGCGUUGGUGGAAAUGGUAUUUGCAAUUCCUUUAUUUAG